GGCGGACGAAACCACUUGUCCGAGCGGGGGGAAGGGGUCGGCUCUGAGGCUGCCGCGCUCCGGCUCCCGCUGCAGCCCGCCACCAUGCCCAGGAUGACCUUCACCCGGCCCGUGUCCUCUUGGCUGGCCAGAUGGAUUCCCUGGUCUCCCAAGGUCCCCGCCAAGCCCGUGGUGGCCCUCAAACGGCCCCUCCGGGUGGACCUGGUAGCCGGGAAGCGCUACAGGUGGUGCGUUUGUGGCCGGAGCAAGAAGCAGCCCUUCUGCGACGGCUCCCACUUUUUCCAGCGCACGGGCCUCACCCCGCUCCGGUUCACGGCCACGGAGACCAAGAUGGCCUGGCUGUGCGCCUGCAAGAUGACCAGUCGCCCCCCGUUCUGCGACGGCACCCACAGGGGCCAGGCGGUGCAGGGGGCCCGAGAAGGGGCCCCGCUCUGACCCCAACUUCGGGGUUCGGGGGACGUGUGUGUGGCCAGGGCGGGGGUGCUCCCGGCUCCAGCGCCUGACAGGCAGGUGAAGCCCCCAAUAAAGUAUUGCCACUAAUUA